UCACAAGAUAAAUUCACGAUACUUUUCGAAAGGCAGUCAUCGAUAGUUCUCGUCGGAUCCUUAUUCUCGAUUUAUCGAAUCGUUACAUCGGAUAAUCGAGUAGGCAUUCACGUCGUAAGGUCUGCCUGUAAUAAGAUUUACCUAAAAAAACAACCCUUUUUAAUGCAUUAUUUAUUACCAAAGGUUCGGUAACUUUUAAGUCAAUUUUCGUGUGUUUUUUAAGUUUAUUAUUGAAAUACUCGGAAUGGGUGAUAACGCCGAAAUUAAAGGAGUAAUAUCACCCGAAGAUGCUGCCAAAGCGGAAAAAUUUAAAGAGGAAGCAAAUGAAUUUUUCAAAAUUCAAGCUUACGAUAAGGCGAUAGAAUUAUAUACCAAUGCCAUAAAGUUAAAUCCUAAUAUAGCAGUUUAUUAUGGGAAUAGAAGUUUUGCUUAUUUAAAGACAGAAUGUUUUGGAUAUGCACUCGUAGAUGCAUCCAAAGCUAUAAAGUUAGAUAAAAAUUAUGUAAAAGGAUAUUAUCGUAGAGCGGCAACUUAUAUGUCGCUGGGUAAAUUUAAAUUAGCUCUUAAGGAUUAUAAAACCGUAACUAGAGCAAUACCAAAUGAUAAAGAUGCAAUGGCGAAAUAUACAGAAUGUUGCAAGAUAUUAAAAAUGUUAGCUUUCGAAGAAGCUAUUUCUGUAGAAGAUAAUAAGAAAAAUAUAGCUGAUAUGAUUAAUUUAGAAGCAAUGGCUAUUGAAGAUGAAUAUGCAGGGCCAAAAUUAGAAGAUGGCAAAGUAACAUUAAAAUUCAUGCAGGAUUUAUUAGAUUGGUAUAAGAAACAAAAUAAAUUGCAUCGCAAAUAUGCCUAUCAAAUUUUAUUAGAUGUUAAAGCAUGGUUUAUGGCACAACCAAGCUUGGUUGAUAUUACCAUACCUGAAGAUAGUAAAUUUACAAUUUGUGGUGACAUACAUGGACAGUAUUAUGAUCUGUUAAACAUAUUUGAAUUAAAUGGACUACCAUCAGAAACUAAUCCCUAUUUAUUCAAUGGAGAUUUUGUAGACAGAGGUUCUUUUUCUGUAGAAUGUAUAUUUACAUUAUUUGGUUUUAAAUUAUUAUAUCCCAAUCAUUUUUUUAUGUCAAGAGGUAAUCAUGAAUCUGCUACUAUGAAUCAAAUGUAUGGAUUUGAUGGGGAAGUUAAAGCAAAAUACUCUGAUCUGAUGGCAGAUCUGUUUACAGAAGUAUACAAUUGGCUUCCUUUAGCACAUUGUCUUAAUAAAAGAGUACUUGUAAUGCAUGGUGGGCUGUUUUCAAGGGAUAAUGUAACUCUAGAAGAAAUCCAACAAAUUGAUAGAAACAGACAACCACCGGAUGAAGGUUUAAUGUGUGAAUUAUUGUGGUCUGAUCCACAACCGCAAAUGGGUAGGGCACCUAGUAAGAGAGGUGUGGGUGUACAAUUUGGUCCUGAUGUAACACAAAAUUUCCUUGCCUUAAAUAAUCUUGAUUAUGUUGUAAGAAGUCAUGAAGUUAAGAAUGAAGGUUAUGAAGUUGGACACGAUGGAAAAUGCAUUACUGUAUUUUCUGCUCCUAAUUAUUGUGACACUAUGGGUAAUCAAGGUGCCUUCAUCACGCUUAAUGGAAAAGACAUGAAACCAUACUUCACCUCAUACGAAGCAGUGCCUCAUCCAAAUGUAAGGCCAAUGAUAUAUGCUAACUCGUUACUAAAAUUCAUGUGCUAGUGGAACAACUUAGGUAUAUUAUU